AUGACGGAAGAAACUACAUUAAAGGAAAUGACGCCUUGUGCAUGUAAGGCCAUUUACUCGUUAUAUGCAGCUUACUGUGCGUCUGGAGUGCCAUUCACAAAAUACCACUUAUUCAUUAUCGGAAAAGCCGCUUCUAAAGAUAUAAUUAUUCCAUUUUUUGAUUAUAUGGGUGAAUCGCUAAAGAAAGACGAAAA